AUGUGUGUCCUGACCUGCACCAAGUACGACUGUGCACAAUGCCAACGAGCUAUAAGUGGCACUGAGCAACUCAAGGAAUGUCCUGAGUCGAGCCAGGGUAUCAAAUGCGAGACCACUAAUGAGUAUAUCACCGGGUAUGUCUCAGCUGAUCAGUGCGAAGUGUGUGAGAUGCGUAGGAUUAAGGCCGAAGUGGCUGCUGCGGCAGAGGAGGAGGAGGAGGCGAAGAAGGCAAAUGCGACUUAA